AUAAAAAAAAAAAAAAUCCGAAAAAGGUCAUCAUCAUCAUCACCACUCAGCGACUUUUCGCUAAAACUGGCGACUUUUAGGUCGCGUCCUGGCGACUUCGCCCAAAAAAACUUAACAGCACUGUAAACAUGCUUCGUCCACUGUUCCCUAGAUCAUUGUGUUUUCAUCAAAAUGAAUGUGGUGGUUGCUUGUUGCGUGUUAAGUUACUGGUAAUACGCUAUGUCGUCGAAUUUUCGCUCACUUCUCAUAUAUUUGUGGUGUUUAGACGUGGAAAACUGACCUUCGAAGGCCAGCCAAGAAUGGAAGGUCAAGACAUGGAUCAACCGGCUGAGGAUGUCAACGCUGGAGACCCGCCGGGUGACAUCGUGGAAGACGUUCAAGAAAGUGUUGUAAAUGAUGCGGUGGCGGGCACGAAUGUUUCGCAAAACGACAUCAGCAUGGGGGACGCCGCAGGGUGCCCAACAGAACUAUGCAACUACUGCGUCAAACCGGUGCAAGUCUGUGGCGCAUGGUCAGAGUUAUCCAAGAGCAUUACGAAAGGGUGUAAAUGGUCUACCGAUGGCUCGUGUAUCUUGACAAGCAGCGAUGACAACUUCCUGCGGCUGUUCAACCUGCCCAACUGCCUGUUUCAACUGCCCGUCGAUUGGAAUGAAUUGCAAGAAAUGAGCUCUGUACUGCAGUGCAAAGAAAGUGGCCUCAUCUACGACUACGCCUGGUACCCUGGGAUGACGUCUGCUGACCCAGCAACAUGCUGCUUCGCAAGCACGAGCGCAGGGAAUCCUAUCCACCUUUGGGACGCCUACACAGGGCAGCUGCGAUGUUCCUACAGGCCAUACAACCAUCUGGAUGAGCCUGUGGCGGCCCACAGUAUUUCCUUCGAUGCCUCGGGGGAGAAGCUGUACUGUGGUUUCAACAAAAUGAUUCGCGUGUUUGAUGUCGCCAGCCCAGGCCGGAUCUUCGACGAACGACCCACCAAUGUCAAGAAGAUGGGUCAGCCUGGCAUCAUCAGCUGCUUUGCAUUUGGACCUCAGGGAAUCUAUGCUGCCGGCUCUUACUGCAAGACAGUGGCCAUGUAUUCCGAAUCCAACGGGCAACUGCAAUUUAUGCUGUCCGGACACCAGGGCGGGGUGACACACCUUCGGUUCUCACCAGAUGGCACCAGGCUCUACAGCGGUGGCAGGAAGGACUUUGAGAUCCUGUGCUGGGACCUGAGGAACUUGGGGAAGGUGCUUUUCUGCAUGAAGAGGACCGUCACCACGCACCAGCGGAUGUACUUCGACCUGUCACGAUGUGGGAACUACCUGCUGUCUGGUAACACCAAUGGCAUUGUGACGGCAUGGGACCUGAGGGCCCAACCCAUCGAACUGGACGACUGCGAGCCGCUCAUGAGGCCUGGCCUCUUUUUCAAGGCACACGACGACUGCGUCAAUGGGAUCAGCUUGCACCCAUCACUUCCUGUUUAUGCCACAACUUCUGGGCAGAGGAAGUUUCCCGAACUCUCAGGUGACGAUAGCAGCAGCAUCUUUGAGGAGGACUCCCUUGCCCAAGCGGACAAUUCUCUCAGGCUUUGGUGGCUAGAUGGCAAGGCUAGUGACCUGGACACUUGACGUUUCUCGGCGCAACAUCUCAGUGUCUUUCAAGCAUCAAGUGGACGGCUUUGUGUUUCUCAUCACAUGAUCGUUUGAUUUCAUUGUCACCCAUGGAGGACUGCUGACCCAGCAAUAAAUGUUGGUGUUUAUUUUUUGUGAAUGUUA